GAGAGAGAGAGAGAGAGAGAGAGAGAGAGAGAGAGAGAGAGAGAGAGAGAAGAGGAAGUGGAGUUGGGAGAAAGACGAUUAACAGAGGAGGAGAGCAGAGCAAACAAGCUUCUUAAACCGGACCGGACAUUAAAGAGGUGUUGCUACCCGUCUCCCAGGCCCUGUGUUCAGGCCCGUUCUGAGUGCUACCCAUCUCCCAGGCCCUGUGGUCAGGCCCGUUCUGAGAGGCACUCUGAGCAGGCUGGUGUUGGGCAGGAGGCACCAUGGCCGGGGCCUCUGUGAAGGUGGCGGUGCGUGUCCGACCCUUCAACUCCAGAGAGAUUGGGAAGGACAGCAAAUGCAUCAUCCAGAUGUCAGGAAACACAACCACCAUCCUCAACCCCAAGCAGCCCAAAGAGAACAAGAGCUUCAACUUUGAUCACUCCUACUGGUCACAUACCUCGCCCGAGGACAUCAACUUUGCUGGCCAGCAGCAGGUGUACAAAGACAUUGGUGAGGAGAUGCUGCUCCAUGCCUUCGAGGGAUACAACGUCUGUAUCUUUGCCUAUGGCCAGACCGGAUCUGGGAAGUCUUACACCAUGAUGGGCAAGCCGGACUUGAAGGACCAGGAAGGCAUCAUCCCUCUGAUGUGUGAAGACCUCUUCACCAAGUUCAAUGACAGUAAUAACGACAAUAGCAAGUCCUACUCUGUGGAGGUGAGCUACAUGGAGAUCUACUGUGAGCGUGUUCGUGACCUCCUGAACCCUAAGAACAAGGGGAACCUGCGCGUCAGGGAACACCCCCUGAUGGGGCCGUACGUAGAGGACCUGUCCAAGCUGGCUGUCACCUCCUACAACGACAUCCAGGACCUCAUGGACUCUGGAAACAAGGCCAGGACGGUGGCGGCCACCAACAUGAACGAGACUAGCAGUCGCUCCCACGCGGUGUUCAACAUCAUCUUCACUCAAAAACGACACGAUGCUGAGACUGAUAACACCUCUGAGAAGGUCAGCAAAAUCAGCCUGGUGGAUUUGGCCGGCAGCGAGAGGGCCGACUCUACAGGAGCCAAAGGGACCCGGCUCAAGGAAGGAGCAAACAUCAACAAAUCUCUGACCACUCUGGGGAAAGUAAUCUCUGCCUUGGCCGAAGUGGAUUCUGCACAAAAUAAGAACAAGAAGAAGAAGAAAGUGGAGAGUCACAUCCCUUACAGAGACUCUGUGUUGACCUGGCUACUGAGAGAGAACUUAGGGGGAAACUCUCGUACUGCCAUGGUUGCUGCUCUUAGUCCAGCUGACAUCAACUAUGACGAGACUCUCAGCACACUCAGGUAUGCAGAUAGAGCCAAACAGAUCCGCUGUAACGCUGUCAUCAAUGAGGACCCUAACAACCGAUUGGUCCGUGAGCUGAAGGAGGAGGUGUCUCGUCUGAGGGACUUGCUCCUGUCCCAGGGCCUGGGAGAUAUCCUCGAAACGUACAAGGGGCCAGCGCUUGGCACCGACGUUGCUGGUUUGAAAUUGACCAAUGCCAUGACGGGGAUGAGCCCCUCCCCCUCUGUGUCUGCUCUGUCCAGUCGAGCGGGAUCCAUCGCCAGCCUCCACGACCGCAUCAUCAUCAGCCCCGGCAGCGAGGAGGCCAUCGAGAGACUCAAGGAAACAGAGAAAAUCAUUGCUGAGCUCAAUGAGACCUGGGAGGAGAAACUUCGUAGGACAGAAGCCAUCAGAAUGGAAAGAGAGGCCCUGCUGGCUGAGAUGGGCGUGGCCAUGAGGGAAGAUGGAGGAACCGUGGGCGUGUUCUCCCCCAAGAAGACUCCUCACCUGGUGAACCUCAACGAGGACCCCCUGAUGUCAGAGUGCCUGCUGUACUACAUCAAAGAUGGCAUCACCAAGGUUGGUCGUGUGGACGCCAGCAGCAGACAGGACAUUGUCCUCAGUGGUCACUUCAUCAAGGACGAACACUGUACCUUCACCUCCACAACGGGACCCAUGGGAGAAACAGUCACCCUGGACCCCUGUGAGGGAGCUGAGACCUACGUCAACGGGAAGAGGGUCACAGAGGCUACAGUCCUCAAAUCAGGGAACCGCAUUAUCCUGGGUAAGAGCCACGUGUUCCGGUUCAACCACCCAGAGCAGGCGCGCCAGGAGCGGGAGAGGACGCCCUGCACUGACACCCCCGUGGAGCCGGUGGACUGGGCCUUUGCACAGAGAGAACUGCUGGACAAACAGGGCAUCGACAUGAAGCAGGAGAUGGACCAGAGGCUUCAGGAGCUGGAAGAUCAGUACCGCAAAGAGAGGGAGGAGACCCACAACCUACUGGAGCAGCAGAGGCUGGAUUAUGAAAGCAAGCUGGAAGCCCUUCAGAAACAGGUGGACCGUUACUACCCUGAGGUAAUAGGAGAGGAAGAGGAGGAGCCUGAGGAGGAAGUGCGGUGGACGGAGAGGGAGACGGAGCUGGCCCUGUGGGGUUUCAGGAAGUGGUGCUGUUACCAGUUCACCUCCCUCAGAGACCUGCUGUGGGGAAACGCCAUCUUCCUCAAGGAGGCUAACGCCAUCAGUGUUGAACUCAAGAAGAAGGUCCAGUUCCAGUUUGUGCUGCUGACCGACACCUUGUACUCCCCCCUGCCCACUGACCUGCUGCCCCCUGAGGCAGCCAAGGACAGAGUGACCCGCCCGUUCCCCAGGACCAUCGUAGCUGUGGAGGUACAGGACCAGAAGAACGGGGCCACACACUGCUGGACCCUGGAAAAGCUCAGGCAGCGUCUGGACCUGAUGAGAGAGAUGUAUGACAGAGCAGCGGAGGUUCCCAGCAGCACCAUAGAAGACUGUGAGAACGUCAUGACCGGAGGAGACCCCUUCUACGACCGCUUCCCCUGGUUCCGUCUGGUCGGCAGAGCUUUUGUGUACCUGAGUAACCUGCUGUACCCUGUGCCCUUGGUCCAUCGCGUGGCCAUCGUCAGUGAGAAGGGAGAGGUCAAAGGAUUCCUCAGGGUGGCUGUACAGGCUAUUUCAGCUGAUGAGGAGGCUCCCGACUACGGAUCCGGUGUCCGUCAGUCUGGCACCGCCAAGAUCUCCUUCGAGGACCGGGAGUUUGAGAAGUUCCAGGCUGAGUCGUGCCCCGCUGGUCUGUCCCGUACUGGGGUGUCCCAGGAGGAGCUGCGUUUCGUGGAGGGGGAGGGACAGAACUCAGGGAUGGGACCCUCAGCCGAUGAGGUCAACAACAACACAUGUGCGGCCGGUCGAGAUGAGUUGGAGAGCCCCCUGAAGGCCAACCUGGACGGAGCCCUGGAGCACCUGAGGAUAGGUAACGUCUUCACCUUCAGAGUGACGGUCCUACAGGCCUUCAGCAUCUCUGCAGAGUACGCUGACAUCUUCUGCCAGUUCAAUUUCAUCCACCGCCAUGAUGAGGCCUUUUCCACAGAGCCUUUGAAGAACACAGGGCGAGGCCCUCCUCUGGGCUUCUACCACGUACAGAACAUUGCUGUAGAAGUCACCAAAUCCUUUGUGGAGUACAUCAAGUCCCAGCCUAUGGUGUUUGAGGUGUUUGGUCACUACCAGAAACAGCCUGCUCUCUGCAAGGACCUCAUAAGCCCCCUGCGUCCCUGCAGAAGGCAGUUCCCUCCAGUCAUGCCCCUGUCCAAACCAGUCCCUGCCACCAAGCUGACCACUCUGAUGCGCCCUACAGCUGGACCCUGCCACUGCAAGUAUGACCUCAUGGUGUUCUUCGAGAUCUGUGAGCUGGAGGCCAAUGGAGACUACGUCCCAGCAGGAGUUGACCAUAGAGGAGGCAUGCCUUGCCAUGGGACAUUCAUGCUGCACCAGGGUAUCCAGAGGAGAGUAACUGUGACAAUCGUUCAUGAGACAGGUGAAGACAUCGUGUGGAAAGACGUCCAGGAGCUGGUUGUGGGGCGUAUCAGUAACUCUCCCGAGGGGGACGAUGCCAUCAUAGACCCCAACAUCCUCUCUCUCAACAUCCUGUCAGCUGGGUAUGUCAGACCCAUGCAGGACGACAGACAGUUUCUUGAUUCGGACAUGCCUAGGACAUUCUAUCGCUUCGAGGCUGCCUGGGACAGUGCCAUGCACAACUCCCUCCUCCUGAACCGUGUCACUCCCUACGGAGAGAAAAUCUACAUGACCUUGUCGGCCUACCUAGAGAUGGAGAACUGCACUCAGCCCACAGUCAUAACCAAAGAUUUCUGCAUGGUGUUCUGCUCUCGAGACGCUAAACUCCCGACCUCCCGAUCCAUCCGAAACCUGUUUGGCACCGGAAGCCUGAGGACAGCAGAGGGUAACCGGGUGACAGGUGUGUACGAGGUCAGCUUGUGUCACCUGGCGGAUCAUGGGAGCCCAGGAAUGCAGAGGAGACGUCGGCGGGUGCUGGACACCUCGGUGGCAUACGUCCGCGGGGAGGAGAACCUGGCUGGGUGGAGGCCUCGCAGUGACAGCCUCAUCCUGGACCACCAGUGGGAACUGGAGAAACUCAGCCUCCUACAGGAGGUGGAGAAAACGAGACACUACCUACUCCUGAGGGAGAAGCUAGAGUCCACCCUGCUGCUGGGUCAGGAAGGGUUGCUGUCCUGUGUGUCUGCGGAGCAGAGUGAGUCCCCUCAGCCUUCCGAGGGCCACGCCCAGGACCUCAGACUCAGCCUCACAGCUGACGCCCCCAAUGAGAGGCAGAGGGAGCUAGCCGCUAAGUGCCUGCGGCUGCUCUCCCACUCCUUCAACAGAGAGUACAGCCACGUGUGUGUCAGCGCCAGUGAAGGCAAGCUGUCUGAAAUGUCAGUGACUCUGCUGAGGGAGUCGACCUCUGCCACGACCCUCAACACCCUCACCCCCUCCUCGACGUGGCCCUCACUGGUGGAGGGAUGCUACCCCAAGACUGAAGCGCUCAGAGCCUCCAAGCUUCUCUCCCGCUGUGCCAGCCCCAACCCUGACUGCUCACAGCGGGACGGAGAGGUACAGAAGUCCCCUGGUGGGGUCGCCGCCCCGGAGGUUAAACCCAGGGUGCGCCGCUUUGUACCAGACAUCCAAGAGAUCCGGGUCAGCCCCAUCGUGUCAAAGAAGGGCUACCUGCAUUUCCUGGAGCCUAAUACCAACGGCUGGGUGAAGCGAUAUGUGGUGGUGAGACGGCCGUACGUCUACAUCUACAACACAGAGAGAGACAGCGUGGAGAGAGCCAUCCUCAACCUCUCCUCUGCCCAUGUCGAGUACAGCGAGGACCAGCAGGCCAUGCUUAAGACCCCAAACACGUUUGCUGUGUGUACGGAGCACCGCGGCAUACUGCUCCAAGCCAGCAACGACAAGGAGAUGCACGACUGGCUCUAUGCCUUUAACCCUCUCCUGGCUGGAUCCAUCAGAUCAAAACUCUCCAGAAGGAGAGCUGGACAGAUGAGGAUGUGACACAAACAAUCGAACGACACACGUCUUAUAAAGAAGAUUGAAAACAUUAGAACACAAAGAGACUAACCUGUAUAUAGAUCCCAGAUCCCAGAUCCCAGAUCCCUUAUUACUCCUUUACUCCUGCGCUGACCCCUGACCCCCUCCAUCCUACACUAGUAACUAAACUUGCUCCUCCUCCUUCUGCACACGCCCAGUUUAUCACAAGCAGACCACCAGUGUAUCCAAGGCCCUGAGGCCUCCAGCAUCGUUGUAUGUCUGUCAGGCCUGUACCACUGCCUGUCUGUGUGGCCUUUAUCAUCUGGUUAACCCCUCUCCAAGGCUGAGUGUUGCUGAUGACUACCAUACAG